AUGAGCCAGCAGAGUAAUCCAGAGAUACAUUAUGGUUAUGAGCCUGAGAGAGCAUUGGUGAAAUUUCAAGAGCCAAUAGAUGAUUUUGAGCCGCUGGAGAAUUUCACAAGGAAAAGGAAACUAGAAAAUUGUGUUCUGAGUCUGGAGAAAAUAUUUGAGUCCAAUGCUAUCCAAGUGUACAACAUAAAUGAGAGAACCACUGAAGACUGUCUAGAGUUGUAUUUCUCUUGUCCUAAAUGGAGCAGAGGGGGCGAUGUUGAGAAGAUUGAUUUGAAGAAAACUGAGCAACUAAUUGCUAUUGUCUACUUCAUGGAUUACAGAGUCGUAGCUAAUGUGACAAGAAAGCAAACCCAUACUUUGAAUGGUAACAAUAUGACAGUGAGAGUGUAUCACGCUUUCCUUGGUCCUGUUGAUGAGGACUUCAAUACAUCGACUCCCCAUCUCAGGUUGCCCAAACCACUUGUCAAACCACUAGAAAGAGAAAGGAGCAUUGUAUGUGAAAAGGUGACAAAUCUCAAGAGUUGGGAAACGAGAUUCUUACUCAUGAACAGGUUCAUAGCCACCCUUAAUGAAAAAUUCCAAGAUUUGGAAACAAAAAUAGAGUUAAGUAAAGGUCAGCGAGGUACCAUUAUACUAAAAGGUGUACCCCAGGACUGCACAGAUUCUAAACUACACAUUUACGAGCUACUAAAAACAGCUGUAUGUAGAUCUUCAUCACUUCCUCCUGCAACAUUGAAUUUACACCAACAAGACCAAUGUCGAAAGCAUGUGAUGGAGUGUUUAAAGAAAAAAGAGCUUGAAGCUGUUUGGGAGGUCGAAGGAGAAGAGUUAAAAGUCUAUGGUAACUCCCAGAAAGAAUCAGACGCAGCAAUUAAAUUUAUUGGAGGUCUUGUGGUAGAAACCAAAAUACAAGUGGACAGGAAAUCAUCUCAGCUACUGACAAACAACCACUGGAUGCAGCUCGUUACAUCACUCAGUGAAAAACACAAAGGACUUCUUGAAAUCAUACCAAAAGCAAAUAACACAGACGUUGCCAUAGUAAGCAUUAGAGAGUUGUCAAAAUCUGUCAGAUGUAUUAUAAGGAAUUAUAUCAGUAUCUAG